AUGUUCGAUGAGGCUCGUAUCUCGGUGUCAGCAUACGACACUGCCUGGAUGGCCAUGGUUCCAGCUCCUACUACUACUUCAUCCAUGGAAGAAGAUUCUCCUUUCUUCCCUCAAUGUGGGAAAUGGAUACUGGAGAACCAGCUCAGUGAUGGAUCUUGGGGUCUCCCUCUUCUUCAUCGUCAUCCAUUUUUAACCAAGGAUGCUCUCUCCUCUACGUUGGCUUGCAUUCUAGCUCUCCACCGCUGGGGCCUUGGCGAGCAAGGAAUCGCUAAAGAAUUCAUGCGGGUUUCCGCCGCAUCCCUUCCCAUUGGAGAGAGGAGCAUUGCCGCCCAGGUUGUGUAG